AGCUUUCCAUUACGACUGCUAACCCCUACCUUUGAUGGGAUCAGUGGAUUGUUGUUAAAACAUCUGGUUCAGAAUCCAGUCCGACUCUGGGAACUUCUAGGUGGAGCUUACUAUUUCAGCACCUCCGAGACGAAGCGCAAGAGCCAGGACAAGGGCAGCUCCCAGGGGAGGACGCCUGACGACGAAGAGGAGAGGAGGCGCAAGGAGCGGGAGGACCAGAUGUUGCGCACCCUGGUCGUCAUUGCUGUGGUCAUGAGCCGGCUGAACUCACUCAGCACCAGCGGGGGCAGCAUCUCGUGGGCCGACUUUGUCAACGAGAUGCUGGCCAAGGGCGAGGUGCAGCGCGUCCAGGUGGUGCCCGAGAGCGACGUGGUGGAAGUCUACCUGCACCCCGGAGCCGUGGUGUUCGGGCGCCCUCGGCUGGCCUUGAUGUACCGGAUGCAGGUGGCAAAUAUCGACAAAUUUGAAGAGAAGCUCCGGGCAGCUGAAGAUGACCUGAAUAUCGACGUCCGGGACAGGACCCCGGUCUCCUACAAGAGGACGGGCUUCUUCGGGAAUGCCCUCUAUGCUCUAGGGAUGACCGCCGUGGGCUUGGCCGUCCUGUGGUACGUGUCCCGCCUGGCCGGAAUGACAGGGAGGGAAGGCGGCCUCAGUGCUUUCAAUCAGCUCAGGAUGGCCCGGUUCACAAUUGUGGACGGCAAGACGGGGAAAGGGGUGAGCUUCAAGGACGUGGCGGGGAUGCACGAGGCCAAGCUGGAGGUGCGCGAGUUUGUGGAUUACCUGAAGAGCCCGGAGCGCUUCCUGCAGCUCGGAGCCAAGGUCCCAAAGGGUGCGCUGCUGCUCGGCCCGCCUGGCUGUGGGAAGACACUGCUGGCCAAGGCAGUGGCCACAGAGGCCCAGGUGCCCUUCCUGGCCAUGGCCGGCCCCGAGUUUGUGGAGGUCAUUGGAGGCCUCGGCGCUGCCCGCGUGCGGAGCCUGUUCAAGGAAGCCCGCGCCCGGGCCCCCUGCAUCGUGUACAUCGACGAGAUCGACGCUGUAGGCAAGAAGCGCUCCGCCACCACGUCCGGCUUCUCCAACACGGAGGAGGAGCAGACCCUCAACCAGCUGCUGGUCGAGAUGGACGGAAUGGGCACCACAGACCACGUCAUUGUCCUGGCGGCCACGAACCGAGCCGACAUCCUGGACAGCGCUCUGACAAGGCCCGGCCGGCUCGACCGGCACGUCUUCAUCGACCUCCCCACGCUGCAGGAGCGGCGAGAGAUCUUUGAGCAGCACCUGAAGAGCCUGAAGCUGACCCAGGCUGGCAGCUUUUACUCCCAGCGUCUGGCGGAGCUGACCCCGGGGUUCAGCGGCGCCGACAUUGCCAACGUCUGCAACGAGGCAGCACUGCACGCUGCCCGGGAGGGCCACACGUCUGUCCACACGUCCAGCUUCGAGUAUGCGGUGGAGCGUGUCAUAGCCGGGACUGCAAAGAAGAGCAAGACCCUCUCCAAGGAGGAGCAGAGGGUGCUGGCGUUCCAUGAGUCAGGCCACGCCUUGGUGGGGUGGUUGCUGGAGCACACCGAGGCUGUGAUGAAGGUGUCCAUUGCUCCUCGGACUAACGCCGCGCUGGGCUUCGCCCAGAUGCUCCCCAGAGACCAGCACCUCUUCACGCGGGAGCAGCUGUUCGAGCGGAUGUGCAUGGCGCUGGGGGGCCGCGCCUCAGAGGCCAUCUCCUUCAACAAGGUCACUUCUGGAGCCCAGGACGACCUGAGGAAGGUCACCCGCAUCGCCUACUCCAUGGUGAAGCAGUUCGGGAUGGCCCCUGGCAUCGGGCCCAUCUCCUUCCCCGAGGCUCAGGAGGGCGUCACGGGCAUCGGUCGGCGCCCCUUCAGCCAGGGCCUCCAGCAGAUGAUGGACCACGAAGCAAAGAUGCUGGUGGCCAAGGCCUACAGACACACUGAGCAGGUGCUUCAGGACAACCUGGAGAAGCUGCAGGCGCUGGCAGCCGCCCUUCUGGAAAAGGAAGCCAUAAACUACGAGGACAUCGAGGCCCUCAUUGGCCCGCCGCCCCACGGACCUAAGAAGAUGAUCGCCCCUCAGCGAUGGAUCGAUGCCGAAAGGGAGAAACAGGACUCUGGGGAAGAAGAGGCAGCGCGGCAGCCCCCGCUCUGAGGGCAGCCAUCCCGGCCCACGCAGCCGGCCUCCCUCGGUCCCGCAUCUUCUCACUUGAGCUGUGAGCCCUUGGUGGUCUAUGCCAUGGCCCCAGAGAUGGCUCAUCGACCUCCCUGUGCAUGGCUAGUAAAUCUCUUGGCAGAGAGAACUGA